CAUAACUGAGAUGAGGCCGUAAAACUAACAUUUGACUUUGCAACGGAUUGCUAUUUAUGCGAAGUGUGUGUUUUUGUCAAUCGUAGUCUAUUAUCGUAUGAAAAUAUUUUACAGAUGUCUGUCAGAGCUGUAGACUUUUCUUCUAGUGCUUAUGCUAAAACUAAGAGCUUCAAGGCAAAAGAAAAUGUUGCAACGGCCUCUAGAAUUAAAAGAACACCUGAACACUCGCCGUCCAGUGUGAAAAGCUCUUGGACGCCAUCGAAACAAGACUUGAACGAAAAGUUGUUCGAUGAAAGGAAAGAGCUUGUCAGUAACUGGUUUGACAGGUGGUCUGAUGCACAAAGAAAAAUGGUUCUUGAAAUCCUAAUAUCAAAGUGCAAGAAUUCCCAGCUGCAAUAUACAUUCUCACUGAUUGACGAAAAAAUUCCAAUCACACAUGUGGACUUCACUCGUAAGCUACCUUGUGUCAUAACUAUCUACAUCAUGUCCUAUUUGGAUCCUCGAAGUCUUUGUCGCUGUGCACAGGUUUGUUGGUUCUGGAAAUAUCUGUCUGAGCUUGAUCAGAUCUGGAUGCCCAAAUGUUUUAAGUUUGGUUGGAUUUUACCAUUUAUGCCGACACCUUUUGAACAAGGGGUGUGGAAAAGACAUUACUUGGAGUGUGUUAGAGGAUUACAAUAUGUUCGGCCAAAGUCUCCUCCAGGAUCUCCAAAGUCCAUUCCAACUGAAAGAGUGAUGUUAAAAAGCCAGAGUCAAGGUAGUCUUUAUAAAAAGACAGGAACAGGAACCAAAAAAGCGUUAACAGCUUGGGAGGCUCCUCCCUGGCGGGGCCCUGAUCCACAUCCUGAUGACAUCAAGAGGAAGUCAUUCAGUAGUGGACAUGUAGGAGGCUGCAGACGGUGUCACAUGUCAACACUCUCAUCUGAUCAUAGUGAUCAACACGAUCAUCUGUACUCAUCUAAGAAAGGAACUACCAGUAAAACCACUAAACCAAGAAUCCGCUCUGUUGCUGGAAACUCAGUCCCUGAAUCAGAGCCUGGUGGAUCAAAGUUAAACUCGCAAACAGGUCGGCCAGACUGGGCAGUGCAGGCAUCAAUCUCACCCCUGAAAGCCAGUCGGCCACCACCUGGGUCUGAAAUAAAACCUUCUGCACAAACACUUGGAAAUGCAAGAGGUGCCAGGGACCUACCAGCUGAGGGUUUAUUUAAAAUUCAGCCGUGGAGGAGGCCCCCUGAAUAUGACUCGGACUAAACUACAUCCAUCUAUGUCAGGGUGUGUCAUAUCUGGUGUGGUCAUUGUGAGUUGUCCUGUCAGGAAAUGGAGGAAGUGCUCCGUAACAGGUCUUGUUGCUGCUCUGGAAAUUAAAGUCAUAGCUGAUCUCAUACUACGGCCUAUGGUUUGGUCACCUAGAAGAGCACAGCCAAGAGAAGAAAGGGAUGGUGAAGGAAGUGAAAAUAUUAGUCCUUGGAGGAGUGCCAUUGUGUUGUGUCAACAGAAAAAGGGCCUCGUACACCAAGUUGGCUGUAGUGCAAGAGAGUAGAUCUAGCCGUAAAGUACAUGUUACCAAAACUGCCAAAAACAAUGUGCAUUUGCAUAUAAGUCAUAUAAACAAAAGGAAUAUUUUUUUUAAGGGUGUCCUUUUUUAAAAGCCUGUCACUGAGUUAAGAAUGAUUUAUAUCAUUUUGUGUGGACAAGAUAAUAGAGGUGUUAGUCUAGGUGGUUUUUGUCUGCAUUCAUGCUUAGCAGAGUCAGUGUAACGAAAAUUCUUGUUUGCGCUUAAGAUUGCUUGAUGCAAGGAUUUUUAUACCUGCUUUGUACACAUUGUUACUUCAAGAACAGUAUGGAAUUCAAAAUGACAAUACGAUAAGUGCAGAUAAUGACUGAUAUUUUUAGUCGUAUUCGAGCCAGGAAGAAGCGCGAGAUUCAAACAGUACUAUUUCCGUCUUUUUUAAUUCAACCUUCUCGACCUAAUGCAUACCCGUCAUGAACUGAAAUAAAAGCUCCCGGCCGUCAAAAAAACUCACAGUUAUGUAUCGUCAUCAGUAAUUUGAUAUUCUGAGAGCAAUCCAUUUGGUUAUCCAAGAUAGCCCAUCAGAACGGAAACAAGCUCUCAGCACUGUCUGAGAAAGAUUGGAUCAUGCAUGGCCGUGGAAUAAUUUGCACUCUUUAGUGACCACUCCUGUGAAAUUGAAUUUUCUUACCCUCUGGAUUGGUUUCUGAUGCCAAGACAAGAUUGAAGUGAUAUGUCUGCGGGACUGGUCAAGCACAGAUAUAGUCCAAGCACUGUUAAACUUGGUUGUGAACAUUGAAUUUGUUUUAACCCUUCCAGCAAGCACUAUCAAAGUGAUUUCAUGAUCUCAUUUUAUUUGCUUAAACUUGAUAAAAUAAAAAGCCUGUCAGUAUCAUACGAA